UUGAGCUUUUAUUUUGAAGAAGAUCUCGAACGCAAUUGAGUCCAUUCACAAAACUCCGACUAGCCGAUCAGCUGUCAAAUUCCACUCCCAGCCUUGGCACUGAAUUAAGCAUCUUUAAACGAAUACAAGAAACCAUCAAUCCUUAAGAUGUCAUCUAACAACAUGGCAGAUCCGAAAAGACAAAACAAGAUAUUAAGGUACAAGCCCCCUAGCACGGAGGCAAACCCCACCCUGGAGGACCCGACGCCGGACUACAUGAAUUUGUUGGGGAUGAUUUUCAGCAUGUGCGGCCUGAUGCUCAAGCUCAAGUGGUGUGCGUGGAUUGCGGUGUACUGCUCCUUUAUCAGUUUCGCAAACUCCCGCAGCUCAGAAGACACCAAGCAGAUGAUGAGCAGCUUCAUCUCUGCAGACAUAAGCAGCAGCCCUGUAAAUGUGUUCAGAAGAUCUAGAAUGUUCAGAAGAUCUAGAACUUGGCGUACCACACCUGGCAUUGUAACACAAGGCCGUCCUCCGAGCAGGCUGUCCAUCUCGGCCGUGGUGAUGUCAUACCUCCAGAACCCUCAGCCCAUGUCGCCGCCUUGGUGACCAAGCGUCCAAUCGCACAGGGAAGGGCGGUGCCAGACUGCGAGUGGGAGACUGACAGCUGAUUCGCCCACUAGCCAUCUGGGAAAUGAAAAGAGAGAGAUAUGGAGACUCGAAACGAGGGUGGAGCCUGAAGAGCAGCCCAACAGCCCUCGUCAUCUUCUUCUUCUUCUUCUUCCUACUUCAGAUGCAAAGCAGUUUUUUACCGUUUUCCAUUCACCCAUUUACAAGUUCAUUUGUUCGAAAAUAAAAGUGUAAUUUUUUUAAAAGGGUGA